AUGGCCAGCCUUAAAAUUACACUAGAAACCGAAGUUGAGGAUCUUGACAUACGGAAUUCUCUCUUAGAACUAGUAGACGUAUGUAGUUAAUCCAAAAAAAUAAAACUCGAUUGAUAGCCUAUGAAAAACAUAUUCUAGCGUUCCUUUAAAUAGUUGAGUUGUAAUAUUUCUGAAUUGAUUUUUUUUUUUUUUUAGGGUAAUGUUCAAAGAAGUAAUGUUGCAAAAAGCUAUUUAGAAGAAAUAACUAAACAACUGGCAAUAGUUUUCAAUUAUAAAUUAAUAAUUGAUGAUAUUGUUGAUAAAUUUAGCCCAAAAGAAAUUAAAAAAAAGUAUGAAAUAUAA